AUAAACUGUCCCUUCUUCGUCGUGGCUUUUCCCUGAACCUCGGUGCUCCCCUCGUCUGCGAAACAUUCCAAUAGGAGGAUUCGUCAUGUCCGACAACGAGAAAGCUUUUUCUAGCGACGAAGGUCAUCAGGAAAUCCAUGAGCGGCCGAAAGGACUCUGGGGUUGGUAUAGCCAUCCUCUCACCCAGACAUGUAUGGUCGGUUUUGUGUGCUUCAUGUGCCCCGGCCUCUUCAACGCCUUGAACGGUCUCGGUGCUGGUGGCCAAGUUGACGGGACCACAAAUGCCAAUGCCAACGCCGCCCUUUAUUCGACCUUCGCCGUCUUCGGUUUCUUCGGCGGCUCCAUCAACAACAAGCUCGGAUCUAAAGUUACACUUCUCCUGGGAAGUUUGGGCUAUUGUUUAUACAUCGGUUCAUAUUUGGCUAUGAAUAUUCACCCCAAUGCUGGAGGAUUUGUUGUCGCUGCUGGUGCUAUUCUAGGAAUAUGUGCGGGGCUGUUAUGGUCCGCGCAGGGAUCCCUGAUGUUAUCAUACCCCACGGAGUCGCAGAAAGGAACGUACAUUGCUGUUUUCUGGUCAAUCUUUAACCUUGGUGCGGUUUUGGGAGCUGCGAUAUCGUUGGGUCAAAACUUUAACUCGACGGGAAAUUCUGUCUCAAACAACACAUACAUUGCCUUUGUCGCAGUGACGGGACUAGGAACGUUGAUUCCAAUGUUCCUCGUCAACCCCAAGAAUAUCAUUCGUAGUGACGGAACGAAACCCACCAUCCCAGUCGACCCGACGUGGAAAGUUCAGAUUUACGGUCUCUGGGUUGCCCUCAGAACCGAUCCAGCUAUCAUCUUACUCUUCCCCAUGUUUUUCUCCUCCAACUGGUUCUACACAUGGCAAUUCAAUGAGUACAAUGGAGCAAUCUUCAACAUACGUGCAAGGUCAUUGAAUAACUUCGUCUACUGGACUGCACAGAUUGUUGGAUCUGUUUGCAUGAGUUUCCUCCUGGAUCGAAAGUCCCUUAGCCGACGUACCCGAGCUUUCGCGAGUUGGGCCCUUCUUCUCAUCUUGAUCUUUGUUACCCAUAUUUGGGCCUACUUCUACCAGAAACAAUAUGAUCGUAACACAUAUCCUAAAGACCGGGAUGAUUUAAGGUUCGAUAUUGACGACUCAGGAUACGGUGGACGAGCUGUCCUAUACGUAUUCUUCGGUAUCCUGGAUGCUGCAUGGCAGACAACGAUCUACUGGCUCAUGGGAGCGAUGUCUAAUGACCCUGCUAAAUUGGCAUACUUCUCUGGAUUCUACAAAUGUAUCCAAUCCGCUGGUGCUGCCGGUGUGUGGAGAGCUGAUGCUGUCGGCAUUCCAUACAUGAAUGUAUUCAUCUCGACAUGGGUGCUUCUCGUUGCUGGCCUCGCUUUCGCCUUGCCGAUGAUCCAUUCUCGUGUCAAGAACCACACGGAGCCUGAGGAUGAAGCAAUUGCUCGUCUGGAGAGUGAAGCUGCCAAGUCCUGAACAGGGGGGACUAUUACAUGAUUUUACUAUGUGUGAUGUUUUUUCGUGACUACCUUUGGUUUAGCCUUUACGAUGGCACAUUUUUCGGUACGAUAUUAAUGCCAAACACGUCUCCAUGAAGCGACUACGGAGACCAUUAAAAA